UUCGUCGAAAUCUCACGCUACAAGAGGUGGUUUACUUAUGUCCUGCAGACUAGCUUUCUUUUACAAUAUACUCUUCAGCACAAUUCCCAAUUCACAAUUCCGACAAUUUGUGGCAGUUUAAAGGGUGAAUUUGAACCAGAUGUUCCACCACAUGUUGCUCGACCGUUAGCUGAGAAAACGUGGUCCCAAAAAUUUAGGACACACAAAAAUUCGAUAAGGGCACUUUUGAAGAAAGGUGGUCCUACUCAAACUGAGCCAACAGGUAUUGACCCAAUUAUUUGGAGGAAGUUUGUAGAAAAUGAGAUGGAUCCAAAAAAGAUAGAGAUAAAUAAACAAAACAAGCAAAACAGAGAUAACUUGGAGUUUUCUUAUUGUCUUGGCCGUCGCAGCUAUGCACAAAAGGAAUACUUAAUGUUACAAGAAAAUCCUUCAGCACAAAUUUCUCGUGCUGAUAAAUGGUUGGCUGCACAUGAGCAUGUUGAUGGAACAAUUCUUGAGCGUGCUAAGAGUAAAUAUGACCAAGUGAAGGCUGCAGCUAAUAAAAGAAAAAGUCGAAGCUUGGGUGGAGAGGGAUGUACAGAGGCAUAUGAAGACAUUGAUAAUGAUGAGAUAGCGGAAGUAUUUGGAAAACAGAAAAAGGGAGGAGUUCGUGCAAUAGGUUCCUACGUAUCUAAAAAACAACUUACUCAUCUUUCGGUAGCAAAGUCAAAGAUUGAACAGAAAGAUAGAGCGCUUAAAGAUGCAACUGAUGGGAAACAUGAGGUACUCUCAAGAAUCGAUGGUCUUGAAAGGUUGCUUCUUUCCGUUUUUUCAAAAUUGGAAAAAAUGGAAAAAACAAGUCGAACACCUACAUCUUCAAGUGAGCUUGGAUCAAAUUCUAAUAUAGGCACCCUUGGAGUAACACAAGUGCCUCCAUCAAAUACUCGUGCUGAAAAUCCUAGAAUAUAUUUAUGUGAUAAGUCUGGUAAAAAAAAUAGCAAUGGGGCAUGUGGUGACAGAUGGUACAUCUAAGACGUGUCACUUCAAAAAUGUUGGAAGUGAUGAAAAGAAAAUAUAUAUAGAAGAAAUGAUUGAUCCCAAUGCUCGAUUGUGGGAUCCUCCUCAAGGAGGUUAUGAUACUUUGGCUGGCUUUGUUCAAGGGGAUUAUGUGAUUUGGCUCGAGAAUUGGUUAGCAUAUGUUUGAGUUCAUGUGUUUGAGAAUUGAUACUUUAGUUAAUAUGAAUCAGUCGUAGAAAUAUUCUUGUAAUUGGUAAAUAUGGAUUUUUUUUUAUAUUUCGGUUAAUACUGAUGAAUGUUGGAAAAUGGUAGAGAAUUUAUUCUUAUGGAUGUUGAUGUAUGGAUUUUAU